CAGCACUGUAGUUAUUGUAGCAUCAUAUACCCAAGUACCUACUAUGCUGCCGAAUUCAACCUGUCAGGUCUGACUCAAUUGCAAUUCUUAUGAUGGUUGUGGACCAAUCAUACACUGUCGUUGUAAGCUGGUUCUUUCCUUUUUUUUUUCUUUUUUUUUUUUGCAUGUUCGUCUUCCAUGCUUGUUCUCGGCUCCGAAAGCCUGCUGGAAUUCAUGCAAUGCUUCCGUACCGUAUGAAAGUCAACUUCCGCCCCAACACUCACCCAAAAAAACAAAAAAAGAAAGUAAGAGAGAAGGGCGGGGGGAAAGGCUCAGUUCAAAGUCCCUUCCCAUUUCUCAGCUACAAUAAUACUUUGGUAACCUUCCGGUUGUCGUCGCUACAUACUAAGUAUCGCCAACCUUUCCGUCACCCCCCCCCUCUCUCCUCCCAUCCUAACUCCCAGGCGUUCAAAUAAUAUUCUUUACAAUCGUAUUAGUGUAUUUUCUCUGGAAUUUAAUUGUUGAUCGCUUCGAUUCUCAUCCACUUUCUUUGGCACAUAUCUGGAUCGAGUUAGGAUUGAACCAACCUAUAUUAUCACUUUAAUGAUAUUCAUCUUCCUUCCGUUGCCCUAACUCCGACCUACACU